UUCCACCGAACAUCAUCGAUACAGAGAGCACGCAAUCCACUGUUGCAGUGCGGGAGAACCAGAAUAUCAGCUUGACGUGUAAGGCGGAUGGAUUUCCCACGCCUAAGAUUAUGUGGAGGCGAGAAGAUGGCCAAGCAAUAUCCGUUGAACGCCGCAAGAAAGUGAACGUGUACGACGGGGAACAAUUGAAUCUCACCCGCAUCAGCCGUACGGAAAUGGGAGCCUAUCUUUGCAUAGCCACAAACGGUGUCCCCCCAUCUGUUAGCAAGCGUAUCAUAGUAGACGUUGAAUUUUCGCCAAUGAUUUGGGUGCCGAAUCAGUUGGUUGGCGCCCCUGCAGGGACCGACGUGACAAUAGACUGCCAUACCGAGGCAUAUCCCAGGGCCAUUAGCUACUGGGUAUACGACAAUGUCAUGCUACUCCCGACGAAAAAGUACGGCACCGAAACGAUGGAGAACAGCUACCGGGCCCACAUGAAACUGACGGUGCGAAACCUACAAGUAGGCGACUUCGGUAACUAUCGAUGCAUCUCCAAGAAUUCCCUAGGGGAGACGGAAGGUUCCAUUCGCCUAUACGAAAUACCAAUGCCAUCAACACCCCCCAGAGCUACAGAAAUGAAAAGCAAUUCAAAUAAAGAAAACAACGGAAAGCGCAACAUCAGCAGAAGUAUAAAUCAGGACGAGAGACCCAAAGUAGUUAUGGUAUCCUCUUCCGAGAAGGACGCCGUUCAAGCCGGCCCAGCCGUUGAUUCCGGUCUGGGACAUUACACCCCUCCAGGCCCCCAAAGCUCAGGAUGUGUCAGCAUGGCAAGGUGGGCAGUGCCGCAGUUCGCAGCUGUGAUUCUUCACUGCUUUUUGUCAGGCACGCUAUCCCUCUCUCAAAAUUAAUGUACCAUAUCGAAUAAUCCCAGCUCAAAACCAACAGAAUAAAAUUUUAUUGCUCAGCUUUCCCUUUAAACUUUGUUUCCGUCUUUGACAAAUGCCGUGACAAUUACAUAAUAAAUAUACAGGGUGAGGUGAGUUAUUAGCUAAAAUGCAUCAACAUCAAACCGACAUGUUUGUUCUGUUUAAUAUAUCAACCAACAAUCGUGGUGGCUGACAGAUAGAAACCAAAAAUUAUUGGAAGUGCAGCACCCUCCAAAUGUAAUCCAAGAUCUUUUAUGUAAUCAAGAUUGCACAGUGUUGUAUUAUUUAGUUUUUUUAGU